AUGGAGCUGAAGACGGGGAGGUAUAUCGCCAACAUUCUCUGCCCCGUCAUAAAUAAGGUGGGGCCGGAGAAUGUGGUUGCGGUUUGCACUGAUAGCAGCAACAGCUAUGCAGUGGCAGACAAGAAGAUUGCGACAACAUGGCCGCACAUUGAGCACGUGCCUUUUGCCACGCAUGUUCUGGACCUGAUAAUGGAAGAUGUGGGAAAGAUGUCAUGGGCGAAGGUGGUCGUGGUGAAGGCAGGGGAGAUGAUUAACUUCGUGCGCAACCACGACUUCACCCUUGCCUUCAUGAAGAACCCGAGCCUGACGGGGGGGAAGGGGAAACAAGUGCUCAUGCCUGCGGGAUCAGAUUCGGGACACAGCUGUGUCCUGGCUAUGCGAGACGAGGAGGAUGAAAUGAUUGGUGGGGAGGGAGAGGAGGGAGAGGAUGCAGUUCUGGCGGAUGAGUAUGAGGAAGGGGUGGUGGUGGAAUAG